AAUGACUCCACGGCUGCAGCUUUUCAUCUCUUUACUGCUUCACUUUGAAGCAGGAAUCAGUGGUGGAUGGAUCUUUCUCUAUCACAGACCUGGAAAUGACGCUGUUUUACCGUCUAAGGCUUAUUCUUCAAAUUACCAAUGUUCUAAUGCUGAAUGGAUUCAUUACAAAUAUCAAUAUAAAAAAGACAUCGUUCUUAAUGGAACUAUUGUGCAGACGUCACCUGGAGCUGACAGGAUGAGUUUGAGAAGUGACUGCUCUCUUAUCAUCAACAACAUCACUGCUGAAGAUGCUGGAGAAUACUUGUGUUGGAAUAUAAAUGAUCAUCUUUCCUCAAGGACACUUGUGUAUCUGAGUGUUUUAACAGUCUCUCCAUCUCCACCAGAUGUGGAUCCAGGAAGGGAUGGAGAUGUGACAUUACGCUGUUCUCUGGUGAGAUUCUAUGGUUUCUCGUCCUGUGAGCGGUACAGCAUCGUCUGGGUGGAUGAGACAGGAAGUGUGCUGCUUGGUGAACGUGAUGGGUUUUUGUCUGGAGGACAGAACAACUGUGUUUCUGAUCUGAUGGUGAAACAUCAGAGACGCUCCAAGAGAAGAUUCACCUGCCAGGUUGUUGAAGGAGACAGAGUGGUGAUAGAUGCUGAAUACACGCUGGACUUUACAGCAGGAACCGGCGUGAGAACAAUCAUUCUCUACCACAGGGUUGGAGAUGACGUAGCUUUGCAGAAUAACGUUGACUUAUCGUCUUCCACCUGCUCCAAUGUUGAGUGGAUUUACAGCAGAGACACAAGUUCAGCGUCUCAUGAGGAGUUUGGUUCUGGAGCUGGCAGGAUGGACAGGAAGUGCUCCCUGAUCAUCACCAACAUCACCGCUGGAGACGCUGGUCUCUACGAGAGCCGGCUGAGGGACAAGUACAACACCGUUGUGUAUCUCAGUGUUUUAACAACAGGAACCGGCGUGAGAACAAUCAUUCUCUACCACAGGGCUGGAGAUGACGUGAAUUUGCAGAAUAACGUUGACUUAUCGUCUUCCAACUGCUCCGAUGUUGAGUGGAUUUACAGCAGAGACACAAGUUCAGCGUCUCAUGAGGAGUUUGGUUCUGGAGCUGGCAGGAUGGACAGGAAGUGCUCCCUGAUCAUCACCAACAUCACAGCUGGAGACGCUGGUCUCUACGAGAGCCGGCUGAGGGACAAGUACAACACCGUUGUGUAUCUCACUGUUUUAACAAGUGAGUAUUUGGACUGUGUGGGAAACAGUGCAACCAAAAACACCCAACCCUUGCUGGGUUUGUCCGUCCCAGGAAGGGUUUCCCUCUUUGGAUCCUGCCGUUGA